UGUUUUAAACAGGGCUCAGGACUGUCUCUGGAGUACCAGGUGAAGAGAGGAGCAUCAGAGCGGGCUGUGACCCAGAGUAUCCUCUCAGUCAUUGGGAAAUGUGUAGACCAGUUCGGCCCUGGAUGUGUGGGCGUCCAGAACAUUCUCCAGGCUCGAUGUCCUCUUGUCCGCUUUGCUCACCAACCCUCUGGCUUUCAGUGUGAUCUCACUGCCAAUAACAGGGUGGCAAUGAAGAGUUCAGAACUGCUGUUUCUCUACGGCCAGCUGGACCCUCGUGUUCGGCAUCUGGUGUUCAGUGUGCGGUGCUGGGCUCGGGCUCAUAGCAUCACAAGCAGUAUUCCAGGAGCAUGGAUCACCAACUUCUCUUUAACGGUCAUGGUAGUGUUCUUUCUACAGCAGAGGAAUCCUCCCAUACUGCCCACACUGGACCAACUGAAGGAGCUGGCAGGACCAUCGGAUAAGUGCGUCAUUGAGGGUAAUGACUGCACUAUUGUCAGUGACCUUAGCAAGAUUACACUGCAGCAGAACACAGGCACAUUAGAGAAACUGUUGCAGGAAUUCUUUGAGUUUUAUGGCAAUUUUCCUUUCAACAAGGCAUCGAUCAAUAUCAGGAAGGGAAAGGAGCAGACCAAACCGGAAACGACAGCUUUGUAUAUCCAGAAUCCAUUUGAAACCACUCUAAACAUUAGCAAGAAUGUUAAUGCAACACAGCUAGAACGUUUCGUGGCACUUUGUCGUGAAAGUGCUUGGCUUCUCCAGCAGAAGGAAAUUCUUAACCAAAGUUCGGACUCGCCGUGGGGGUUCACCGCACUUCUCCUCCCUUCAGUCACCUCAGGAGCAGGGGUGAAAAGUCGCAGGAAGAGAAAACUGGAACCAGCUAGCUCAAGAAUAAAGAACCUGUUAGACUCUCUGAAGAUUAAAGGUGGUGAAACCGUAGCAAAGAAAGGAAGUGCAAACUCUAGUAGGUGAUAUGGUGAAUAAACUUCACUCACCCCGAAGAGCACAGGAAAAGUCUUCUGAAGAAAGAAUUUAAAUGACCAACAUGUCCAAAGAGUGGAACAAACGUGAAGUUUAUGUAUUUCUACAGUCAGAAUCUGUAAGUCUUUUAAGAAAUGU